GGAGAGGGCGAAAGCAGCCCGCUAGGAUUCAGUAUUUGUGCAACAUUCAACGGAUACACAUCCGCGCUCGGACUUUCUGCUAGCCUACUAUCCCUAAUAACGGUGGUACACCGAAUCUAACAACUCGUCUGUCGAACUAUGAGCUUGCCAAAGAUCAACAGCUUCGACAGAUAGGAUCCCCGGGCUGCUGUGCACUAAACUCCACUGAAAAUGAGGACUUACCUCGUGCUCCUGCUGUGGGCCUUGGCAUCCCUGGGCGCGGAAGCCAUGGUCUUAUUCCGAGGCCCUGGAGGAGCGGCAGGGAAGGAAAUGGACCGACACAAAUCAAAACAUGGAGUGCCUCUCAGGCGAGCCAAACGAGGCUGGAUGUGGAACCAGUUCUUUCUGCAGGAGGAGUACACUGGAACGGAGAACCUCUAUAUAGGAAAGCUCCAGUCAGACGCGGAUAGGGGGGAUGGGAAAGUGAGAUACGUGCUCAACGGGGAAGGAGCGGGGACCAUUUUCGUCAUCGACGAGAAGACGGGGGACCUGCACGUGACGCGGAGUCUGGACCGCGAGUCCAAACCCAGCUACGUGCUCAAAGCCCAGGCGGUGAACAGGCAAACCGGCUACCCGCUGGAGCCCGAGACGGAAUUCAUCGUGAAAGUUCACGACAUCAACGACAACGAGCCAACGUUCCCCAAGGAGGUCUACACCGCCACCGUUCCUGAGAGGUCAAAUGCCGGCACCUCAGUGACCCAGGUGAUAGCCGAGGACGCAGACGACGGGAUGUUCGGAAUGGCAGCGAAGCUGGUGUACAGCAUCAGUCAGGGUCACCCAUAUUUCUCAGUCGAGCCAUCUACAGGCAUCAUCAGGACAGCCCUUGGGCCCUCUGACAUGGACAGGGAACUGCGGGAGCACUACCAGGUGGUGAUCGAGGCCAAGGACAUGGGCGGCUCCAGGGGAGGCCUCACAGGAAGCACCAUAGUCAACAUUACGCUCACUGAUGUGAAUGACAACCCUCCUCAGUUCAUCAAAAGUAUCUAUUCGUUCAGUACGCAGGAGUCCACAGAGACAGGCACUCCUAUUGGGAGGAUUAAGGCGGUGGAUGCCGAUAUUGGCAUAAACGCUGAGAUGGACUACAGCAUCACCGGUGGAGACGGACAGGAUAUGUUUGACGUCACAACCGACAGGGUCACCCAAGAAGGGGUCCUCACUGUUAAAAAGCCCCUCGAUUAUGAGAAGAAGAAAUCGUAUGACCUGAAGAUCCAGGUGCAGAAUCCACGUCCUCUGGUGGACCUGCGCUUGCCGUCUGUGAGCACGGCCACCGUGCGCGUCAGUGUCGAGGACGUGGACGAGCCGCCGGUGUUCGAGCGCUUCACCUACAUCAUGGAGAUGAAGGAGAACGCCGUUGUGGGCUCAGCCGCCGGCUCAGUCAGCGCCAUGGACCCCGACAUCCAACACAGCCCUGUCAGAUAUGCCAUUGAUCGACGCACAGAUCCAGAUCGGCUUUUUAAUGUGCAUUCAGGAAACGGGUCCGUAUACCUACUGAAGCCUCUUGACCGGGAGGAGUCGGCCUGGCACAACAUCUCCGUUGUUGCCACUGAGUUCAACAAUCCAGGGAAGACGAGUCGUGCUCCAGUGUUCAUCCGUGUCUUGGAUGUCAACGACAACGCUCCCACUCUGGCCUCAUUCUACGAGACGUUCGUCUGUGAAAAUGCAAAGUCUGGCCAGAAAAUUCAGACCAUCACGGCGGUGGAUGCUGAUGACCCUGGCGGUGGUCAUCGGUUCUUCUUCACACUGGCCCCAGAGAGUUUAGUGAGACCCAACUUCACUCUGAAAGACAACCAAGAUAACACAGCGUCCAUCUUCGCCCGCCGCAGCGGCUACCGGCGGCUACAGCAAAGCUCUUUCAGCCUCGCCGUGGUCAUCUCCGACGGCGACUACCCCAUGCAGAGCAGCACGGGCACGCUCACAGUGCGGGUGUGCACGUGCGACCGUGAGGGCAACAUGGAAAUGUGCAACGCCGAGGCCCAGUCUGGCGCCGCCGGUCUCAGCACCGGCGCUCUCGUGGCCAUCCUGCUGUGCGUCAUCAUCCUGCUCCUGAUCGUGGUGCUCUUCGCCGCCAUGAAGCGCCAGAAGAAGAAGGAGCCUCUGAUCAUCUCCAAGGAGGACGUGCGCGACAACGUGGUGAGCUACAACGACGAGGGCGGCGGAGAGGAGGACACGCAGGCCUUCGACAUCGGCGCCCUGCGGCACCCAGAGGUGAUGGAGGAGGGCGGCAAGCCGCGGCGGGACAUCAUGCCCUCCGAGACGCUCUACCCGCCGCCCCCGCUGAGAAGGAGCGCGGGCACGGCAGCGCAGGGCAUGCCGCCGUCGCGGGACAACGCCGACGUGCGGGACUUCAUCAACCAGCGGGUGCUGGAUAACGACUGCAACCCCACGGCGCCCCCGUACGACUCGCUGGCCACCUACGCCUACGAGGGCACCGGCUCGGUGGCCGAGUCGCUCAGCUCGCUGGGCUCGGCAUCCUCGGAGGAGGAGGGGAGGGAGCAGGACUACAACUACCUCAGCGAGUGGGGGCCGCGCUUCCGCAAGCUCGCCGACAUGUACGGGGGCGAGGAUAGCGACAGGGACUCCUGAGAUGCCCAGAGCGCUCGCUGAGAAAAAAAGAAGGAAAACAAAUCAAAUGAAAACAAACAAACAAAAAACAGAACCUGUGUUUCUGUGAAGGAAAGUGGAAUAUGCAGCCUGAGUUUUUUCUUUUUUUUGUUGUUGUUGUUUUUUUCUUUUAAACAAAAGUGCCCUUUCUGAUCUUCCUCCCUUAUGUGACUUGUGCUGAAUAUCUCUCUUUCUUUCUCUCUCUCUCUCUCUCUUUCUCCCUCUCUCUCUCUCUCUGUGAGGAGCAGGGAGUGGCAUCAUGCAGCCCAGUUUGUUUCUUAUUGUUGUGCCAGGCAGACACUGAAGAGAAAGUGGACUUCCCUUAUGAAGGGGAUCAAAGGAGAAAAAACUUUCCUUAUAAAAAACUCUUGUGCUCCUCACGUUAUUGUGCAGUCUCUACCAAUAGACACACUGCAUCUAUUGGAGGGAUACUGCCCAGUGAUACAGGUUGACAUCGGUCCACUUCAUAAUAUCCAUUUUUAGUAAGUCAAAUACAGUAUUAUCUUUAAACAACGACAAAAGUAUUGGGGAAUGUCAAUAACUGGGUGCAGAUUUCUCGUGCUGUCACAGACAUGAUUUUACAGGCGGAUAAACAGUCCUUUCUCUUCUUCUGAACUUCUUUCGUCGUUAAUUAUGAGAAAGUGCUACAUCAGCAUUACUUCAUCCUUUGAGUAGAAACAUGAGGACCACAUUAUACUCAAUGAAUGUUUCUCAGCUUUGAUGGUGUGUGGACUUUUUUUGUGACAGAUCUCAUGCAACGCUCACAAGAUGUUGAGUCAGAACGUAACGUCCAAUGAUGUACAGUACACGUACAUGGUUUGAGCUCCUGUGUGCUGUCAUCUGAGGAACUUUUUUUUUGUUUCAGCGAUUCAACCUCAAAUGGAGGUGAGAAGUCUUACGUGUGCUUAUGUUUAUUUCAGUGAACCCACACUUAGCACUAUAAGCACUACACAAUGCCACAGGUGAGAUAACCUGUCAAAAAAAAUCAAUUUGUGAAAAUGUUUGUUUUAGUGAACUUAUCCACAGUAUUAUACUUUGAAGUCGAAAGGUGGAUUUACACACCCUCGAUGCUUUCAUUGGUCGUGCCACCAGGAGCUUAAACUUGAGAUUGCAUUUAUCUGUGUUUAGUGAAACACCCCCAGGACAUUUCAUUUCUUCUUAUGGGGAAGAUGUUGACUGGCUACAGGUUGUUUUUAGUCCCAGUCCCAUGCUCGGAGAUGUGUGUGUGCUUAUGCUUUUUAUGACACUGCGAGUGUAGGCUUUGAGGUAAAGUCAUGUUACAGUAAUGGGAGUAUGUGGUAGAUCACGGUUGCUUUGUGGUUCUAUGAUCCAGUGCUUUGUUUCGCAGUGACUUGGGGAAACUUUGUGUACUGCUUUGCUUUCUACCUUGUCAGAUUUUGUACCAAAUAUUUAUAAAGACACAUUAUUACAGUAAUAUCCUUGAAACAUGAUGUCCAUUAUUAUUGUUUUUUUGUUUUUUUUAAAUGUAUUUUGGAGGUGGUGAAACUUAAUUGUGAGCAGUUUACAGUUCAUAUGAGGAUGUGUUGAUUUUAUGAAAAUAAAGUUUUUUUUCCAUAAAAGCCA